AUGUCACAGAGCACAAGAGACAAGUAUCUUCAGAGUCGCCAGAGGUGUCGGCGCAGCGGGUGGGAGUCCGGCGGGCUGGCUGAGGCUGAGCCGGUGCGGGCCUCUCCCGUCAGCUGCUGGGUUACCGUCCUUCGCGGAACGCUGGGGUCUUCCCCUGCCCUCGGCGAGAGCUCGGAGCCCGCUCGGGCACUCGCGGAACAUAGGGGGUAUCUUGACAACAUAACGGCAAUUGGGCCCAGAACAGUUGGAAGUCCAGAAAAUGAAGUUCUUGCAGUUAACUACCUCUUAGAACAAAUUCAGGCAAUAGAAAGAGAAAGCACAGAUGCUCACAAGAUAUCUGUAGACAUACAGAGGCCCACCGGCUCCUUCAGUAUUGACUUUUUAGGAGGCUUUACUAGUUACUAUGCAAAUAUAACCAAUGUCAUAGUGAAGCUGGAACCCCGAAAUGGAGCUGAGCAUGCAGUGUUAUCCAAUUGUCACUUUGAUUCCGUACCGAAUACCCCAGGUGCCAGUGAUGAUGCUGUUAGCUGUGCAGUGAUGCUUGAAAUACUCAACACACUUUCAAAAUCAUCAGAGCCCCUGCAGCAUGCUGUCAUAUUCUUAUUUAAUGGUGCAGAAGAAAAUAUUUUGCAGGCUAGUCAUGGCUUCAUUACACAACAUGAGUGGGCCAAGUCAAUUAGAGCUUUUAUUAACCUGGAGGCAGCAGGUGUAGGAGGAAAAGAACUUGUUUUUCAAACAGGACCUGAGAAUCCUUGGUUGGUACAAGCAUACGUAGUUGCAGCCAAACAUCCCUUUGCCUCUGUGGUGGCACAGGAAAUAUUUCAGAGUGGCAUUAUCCCAGCAGAUACAGACUUCCGUAUCUACAGGGACUUUGGCAAUGUUCCAGGAAUAGAUUUGGCUUUUAUUGAAAAUGGCUAUAUUUAUCAUACAGAAUAUGACACAUCAGACAGAAUUUUAACAGAUUCCAUUCAGAGAGCAGGUGACAAUAUUCUAGGUGUCCUAAAAUACCUAGCAACAUCAGAUAAGUUGGCUAAAUCUUUUGAGUAUCGACAUGGAAAUGUUGUGUUCUUUGAUGUACUUGGUUUAUUUGUCCUGGCUUAUCCUGCUCGUGUUGGCACCAUCAUGAACUAUAUUACAGCAGCAAUUGCUUUUCUUUAUUUAAGCAAGAAAGUAUUACAGCCCAAAACUAGAGCUAUUCAUAACCUGAAGAAAUUCUCUACUGCAUUCGGCGUAACACUGAUAAGUUGGGUCUGCACACUGGUGACAGUCCUUAUAGUGGCAGUGUUCAUCUCUGUCAUUGGACGAUCUCUUUCUUGGUACACCCAUUUCUAUGUUUCCGUGUUUCUGUAUGGCACUGCAGCUGCAGCUAAUCUUGUUCUUGUGCAUACACUAGCCAAGAAGUUCUUCCUCAAGAAUAUGAAUGAGCAGUACCUGGGAGAUAUUUUUUUUGAUGCCUCAUUGAUGAUUUGGUCUAUAACAUUGACUGUGGUUACUCAGAUGGGCCUUUGUUCAGCAUUCAUUUGCACGUUAUGGGUAGCAUUUCCUUUACUUGCUAAACUGAUGAUCCAUAAAGAAUUCAGCCAAAAAGGUGCCACAAUGAAGUUUGUCAUGGUGUACAUGCUCGGAAUGUUUGUUCCGUAUCUGUAUAUGAUGUAUCUUAGUUGGACUGUAUUUGAAAUGUUUACACCUAUUAUGGGACGAAGUGGUUCCGAAAUUCUACCAGAUGUGGUGUUGGCAGGAUUUAUUGUGGUCAUCACUAUGAUUCUGUCAUCCUAUUUUAUUAACUUCAUUUACCUUGUCAAAAGUACAAAAACGACGCUAAUAACUCUAACUGCUGUGUUUGUAGUCACUCUGAUUCUCGUUUGUAGUGGAAUCUUCUUUCCUUACAGUUCUGAUGCGGCUAAUCCAAAGCCUAAGCGAGUCUUUCUCCAGCACACGAGUAGAAGAUUUCAUGAUGUAGAUGGAAAUGUGGUUAAAAGUGACUCUGGUAUAUGGAUUAAUGGAUUUGAUUAUAAUGGGAUAUCUCACAUAACUCCCCAUGUACCUGAAAUCAACGACACCAUUAGAACUGCAUGCGAGGAGCACGCUCCUUUCUGUGGCCUUCCUUGGAUUCUGCCAGUGCAUUUCAUGUUCCGGAAAAACUGGUAUCUUCCUGCUCCAGAAAUUUUUCCAAGAAGCCCCCUUCACUUUAAAGUUCUGUCCAAGGAGCUGAUGCCUUGGAACUCUGUGAGGUUAAGCUUUGAAGUAUCUGGUCCAAGUCACAUGUCUCUCUAUGUUCGGCCACAUGAAGGGUCGGUUCUGUCCACCUGGUCUCUCGGGGAUGGUAUACCAGUUGCUAGCUUAGGAGGAGACUAUUUUGUGUUUUACUCCCAUGGGCUGCAGGCUACACCGUGGCACUUCUGGGUAGAACUGACAGCCCCAGAAAAGCAUUCUGAUGGAAUAGUCUCCCUCGCCAUAGCAGCACAUUACUUUUUUGGGGAAGAUCAAAAGUCACCUCAACUCUAUGCCUUACUGGAGAGGUUUCCAAACUGGACGUUUUCUUCUGGUUGGUCCUGCACUUACGACCUUUUUGUCUUUUAAUGUUGACAGUAAUGCAGCGCUAAUAGGGUAAUCUGUCUGAUGCAGAAUGCUGUUAUAGCAAACACUUUCUAACAAGAUGCCAGAGACUUUCACAAGAAUUUAAAGUACUUUGGUGACAAAUGGUGUUUCUUUGGCAGUUUGACUAUUUAAAGACUACUGCUGUCUUGGGGAUAUGACUUCGUGUCAACAUGAAUGCAGUUCACCUUGGUUCUUCCACUGAAA